GUGUUUCGACUAUAUACAGAAGAGGCAUACAAUGAACUGCUCCCCGACUUCACAGCUCCAGAGUCUCAUCGCGCCGACUUGUCCGGAGCUUUACUGCAGCUCAUGACACUUGGCGUUGAUAAGCCUGUCGCAUUCGAUUGGCUCUCACCACGACCCCCUCCAGCUCACAUGGGCCAGGCUGCGGAGCGUCUAGUUGCUUUGGGUGCCAUCGAACUUGCCUCCAACCGACCUAACGGCCCUCAGCACUUGACUAGGCUGGUUGAGCACCGCGCCAGACAACUAGCUACUAUAUGUGCCUCUUGUGGGCUCGACACUCCUGCAGCAGCCUCGGCGCUCCUUGGCGCUGCAGAAGAGGGUUGCACGAAGGAAAUGGCCGCUAUUCUUGCUCUCAUGCAGCAAGAAUCCACGCCUAAUCUUUCAGUUGCGAAAACCGGCUUCAUAGUCAUUGUUAUGUAG